AUGAGUAGCAACGAUAUAUCAUUAGAUUACUCUCAAUCUAAUGGAUCUUCAUUUGGUGCAAGUGAAAAAAAAUCAAUUGAACAUUAUUUAUUAUCAAAAGGAUUAAAACAAAAUGCAGUAUUAUUUAGUGGAGUAUUUACAGAUUUAAAGAAAAAGAAACUAUGGGAUAUCAAUUCAAAGCAAAAAGAGGAAGAACAAUUGUUGGUAGUUACAUUGUAUCGUAUCUAUGUAUUCUCUAGUACCGGUGGCAAGGUGAUUAGUGAUGGUCAUCUAUUGGAUCUCGUCGAAUAUGUACCUGCUAGCGAUGUUGCUACACUCAAGUUUAGACAAUACGUAGUCACCUUUGGUAGUGUUGCUGCCAAGGUUGACGAGUUGGCAAUGGCCAUCAAAAAGAUGUUCUCUAUCAACUUUCCAGGUAUGCAACAAGGUGGUGAAUUGCCAAAGGAUAUUGGUCCUUGUGGAGGCUUCUCACGUACCUAUCGUUGUGUAUCCGACUAUUACGGUGUACCACCACGUGAUGACAUUUGUUGGGAAAUUGAUAACCUUUUCGAAGCAAAUAAUAUUAAAGAUUUAAAUCUUUCUGAUUGGCCUGAGCCUCCUUCCCCUGCUCAAGGUAAAUCAAUGAUUGAAGCACUUAAAUAUAAUAAAUGGUUUGAAUCAAUUAUUAUAUUUAAUAAUCCAAGUUGUAAAAUUAGUAAUGAUGGUAUUUUAAGUUUAAAUGGUAUUUUACAAACAAAUAAUAAAAUUACAAAGUUAAUUUUACAAAAUAUAAACGCAAGAGAGAGUUGGAUGACACCAGAAACAUGGAUGACAAUGGCAAUGAAUAAUUAUUUACAUACAAUUGAUUUAUCAAAUAAUGCAAUUGAGGAUCGUGGAGCACAGUCAUUGUGUAAUGAUUGGUUGGCAACGAUUGGACACGAGAUUCAAUAUUUAAAUAUUUCAAAGUGUCAAAUUGGAAAGACUGGUCUCUCGUUGAUAUUCAAGACCAUGCGUCAAAACAAAUGGAUCUUAAAGAAUAUCAAAUUCUUGUCAGUGUCUGGCAACAAGAUGGAGGAUAGCGGUGUCGAUUUGGUUCCAUUCCUCGCAGAGGCACAAUCACUCAAACAAUUUGAAAUGGCCGAUUGUAAUGUAAAGUGGUCUAGUCUUCGUCCAAGCUCUUCGAUUCAAAGAUCAAAGGAAACUAGAAUGAUUACCAAACUCGACCUUUCCUCCAACAAGUUGGUGCAAACCAAGUCAUCGUCAUCGGGUGGAAGCAAGGUUAUUGACGCAUCAACACAACAAGAUGCCAAUGAUCUUGCGUCAUUCCUUCAAUUGAUUGCUCCUAAUCUUGCAGACGUUAAUCUUUCAUCGACAAUGUUGCCACCACAAUUCAUCGUUCCAGUUUUGAGUGCUGCAUCCAACUUGGUUCGUUUGGAUCUGUCUGAUUGCGAUCUUGGAGAAGAGGGUAUUAUUCAAUUGGUCGAUACGCUCUGUCAAACCACUUUACCCAAGCUCAAACAUCUCUUUAUCAACCGAAACAUCACAACCUCUCCAUCGACCGACAUUCUCUCGCAGACACUGUCCAACACGCUCUCUUUGGCUGGUCGUGUAGUUAACCGUACCAUCCCAUCGGCUUCCAACACCACACAUGCUGCCAAUGCCGUCAAAGCACUCGUUCAACUCAUCCAACCAUCGUCAUUUGCGUUGUGUCCACUUGAGACACUGCACUUUGCCGGCUCAAACAACGGACGUCUCCGUGCCGAUAUUAUCCCAUUGGCACAAGCACUCCUCCGUAACGACACCAUCAUGGAGUUGGAUAUUGCCGGUCACCACGCUGGUGACGACCUCGCCAUCACCUUGGGACGUGCUAUCCAAGUCAACCGCACCCUCAAAACAUUAUACUGGGAUGAAAACCUCACCACUACAGUCGGUCUUGAAUACUUUUCAAUUGGGUUCCGUCGUAACCAAUCACUCCAACACAUGCCACUACCAGUACUUGAUAUCGGUGAACUCUUAAAACUACCCGAAAACUCACCUGCUAUGCAGUCCAUCAAAGAGCGUCUCAAACUUGUCGACACUACCACCACUGUUCAAGAACGUGUCACUCAACUGGCAUCAGAGAUUCAAUCACAAAUCAUCAACAAUAAUCUUAGAAAGAUGAAAGAUGCCAUCAACAAGGCAAUGAUUAGAAAGAGAACUGAAAAUGCAAUUUCACAAUCAAUGAAGCAAGCCUCUGCUACUACCUCUCCACUUCAAACAACAACUCCAUCUACUCCUUCAACCCCCUCAACUAAUAUGACAUCAAAUCCUGAUGAAUUGGUUGAAGAAACUCUCUAA